AGGAGUUAAUCGGCGUUGCGGCUCUUUCUGAUGCGCCAUCAUCGGGCGAUUCUUCUUGACACCUCCAUUAGUAUUAAGAUAUCAAAAUUGUUCGUUAUGCUGCGAUUCACAAGACAUAUCCUCAAAAUUGUUGAUUCAUUGUCACCCGAACAGCAGAAGGAAAAUGUUACAUUUACCAAAACCUACAGCGUACGACACUAUGGCAAGGAUGGAUGUAAUGGAGGCAAGGGUGGACAGAUGAAGAAGAAACUGAGCAUUAAGAAUGUUGAUGUGGCCGGGAAACGAGUCUUUAUGAGAGUCGACUUUAACGUUCCCAUGAAGGAUGGCAAGAUAACUAACAAUCAGCGGAUAGUGGCCGCUUUGCCGACUAUUAAAUAUGCUCUGGAAAAGAAGUGCAAGUCGGUCGUGUUGGCCUCGCACUUAGGUCGACCGAAUGGUAAGAAAAAUCCAAAGUAUAGUCUUGGGCCUGUAGCCAAAGAACUGGAAAAGCUGCUUGGCCAAAAGGUGGCAUUUAUCAGUGAUGUAAUGAAAGAUAAGCCCGAGGGUGCUGUCGUAUUGCUAGAAAACUUGCGUUUUUAUGCCGAGGAGGAAGGCAGCAGCAAGGAUGAGAAUAAAAAAAAGAUCAAAGCCGAUCCGGCUAAGGUGAAAGAGUUUCGUAAUAAAUUGGCCACCAUGGGUGACAUUUAUGUGAAUGAUGCAUUUGGAACAGCACAUCGGGCACAUAGCUCGAUGAUGGGCGAGGGUUAUGAAGUGCGAGCUGCAGGGUUCUUGCUUGAUAAGGAGUUGGAAUAUUUUGCCAAGGUCUUGCAUAAUCCAGAGAAACCCUUCCUAGCUAUUUUGGGUGGUGCUAAAAUCGCCGACAAAAUCCCGCUGAUUACCAAUCUCCUAAAUAAUGUAAGUGGUAUGAUAGUUGCCGGUGGCAUGGCUUUUACAUUUCUCAAGAUAUUGAACUCCAUGGAGAUUGGAAAGUCGCUGUUUGAUGAAAAGGGCUCCAAAAUGGUGCCGGAUAUCAUGGCGAAGGCAAAGGAAAAGAAUGUUAAAAUUUUAUUGCCCGUCGAUUUUAUAUGCGCCAACAAAAUUGACAAAAAGCCAGAUCAAAUGAAGACAGUAGAUAUAAAGCAGGGAGUGCCCAAAGACUUCAUGGGAUUGGAUAUAGGAGAGAAAUCGGUGGAGGUGUUUAACGAGGCAAUUUGCACAUCUAAGACUAUUGUUUGGAAUGGGCCGCCGGGACUUUUUGAAAUCGAUGUCUUUGCUAACGGCACCAAAGCCAUGCUAGAAGCAGUGGUUGGAGCCACAGCUGGUGGAGCCACAACUAUAGUGGGUGGCGGUGAUACAGCUACGGCUUGUCUGCAGUUCGGCGGUGCAAAGAAAGUCUCACACGUCUCCACCGGUGGCGGAGCGUCCUUAGAGCUCCUGGAGGGCAAAGUCUUACCUGGAGUGGCUGCACUCUCCGACGCCAAGUGAUUAAUAUACACGUAUGUAAUUAGAAUUUUGACUACAAUACAUGGUUAAUACAUUUCGAAAUAACAUUGGAUAAGGAUACAGAGAAUAUAAAUUGUAGUUGUGUGAACAUGGUUUCUUAAAA